AAACUUGCUUGAAAGUUGGCAAAAAUUAAGACCUAAAUCCCAAAACCUCCAACAAGAGAACCCAAUCAAAGCGAAAAUAAAAAGAGAAGAUUCAUUCUGAAUCUGAUCCCAUCUUUCCUCUUCUUCUUUCUUUUUUUUUUCCUCGAUUCUUAAUCCAAUAUCCAUUUAAUGUCCAUUUUCUACACAAUCUAUUAACAGGAAAACUUUUAUCUUUGUUUUGGUUUGGAUUAUUAAGUCAAUUGCUACCUUUUGCCUUUUGGGGAUUGAUUAUUAUUGGUUUAUUCAUUUCUCUGUAUUGGUUUUGAAAAUUCCUUUUUGGUUCUUGAUUACAAUCUAGUUUUUAGCAAUUGGUCUGUAUCUGUUUGAUAAAAGUUCUGAGUGGAAAAUUCUACAUUUGAAGGACUUGUGUUUGUGGGUUAAACGGGCAAUGGUAUGCUUCAAUUUGAGAAAAGUGUACCAUAUAGUAGUUCAGUUCCAUCAACAAAAGGUGUUUUGAUGUUUCUGGGUUUUCAUUUUGGAAAAUGGGAAUUGACAAUUGUGACUUUAUUGCAUAAGAUAUUAAACUUGCCAUACCGGUAUGUUUUGUUUUGACGAAGGGCUUAGAAUAUGCUUUCUCUGCGACCUAUUCGCAGAUUUUGUUACUCCGCCGCUGCUGCUAUUUCGUCAACUGAUAGUCCUGCAGCUGUAUCCAAUCGUGUUUUAAAUCAAAAACCUUUGGAAGAACCUGCCCUUGCCAAGCUAAAAGCUGAGAGAGACCCUGAAAAACUAUUUAACCUUUUCAAAGCUAAUGCUCGGAAUAGGCUUGUCAUUGAAAACCGCUUUGCAUUUGAAGACACCAUUUCUCGUUUAGCUGGUGCUCGUCGGUUCGAUUACAUUGAGCAUUUGCUUGAGCACCAAAAGACUCUUCCCCAAGGUAGGCGUGAAGGGUUUAUUAUUAGGAUUAUAAUGUUGUAUGGUAAGGCAGGGAUGACUAAGCAUGCUGUAGAUACUUUUAAUGAUAUGCACAUGUAUGGGUGUAAGAGGACUGUUAAAUCUUUUAAUGCUGCACUUAAGGUGUUGACAGAAACCUGUGAUUUAGAAGCAAUUAAGGCAUUUCUUAGCGAGGUUCCUGAGAAGUUUGAUAUUAUACUGGAUAUUUUCUCAGUAAACAUUAUUAUCAAGGCUUUUUGCAAAAUGAGUAUUUUGGAUAAAGCAUAUUUGGUCAUGAUACAGAUGGAAAGGUUGGGGAUAAGACCUGAUGUCGUUACAUAUACAACACUUAUAUCAGCAUUUUAUAAGAAUGAUCGGUGGGAAAUUAGCAAUGGCUUGUGGAACCUUAUGGUGCUUAAGGGGUGCUUACCCAACCUUUCAACAUUUAAUGUUAGGAUUCAACAUCUAGUUAACAUUAGACAAUCAUGGCAAGCUAAUGAAGUGAUGCUUUUGAUGGAGAGAAUUGGGAUUUCACCUGAUGAGGUUACAUAUAAUUUGGUUAUCAAAGGGUUUGGUCAAGCUGGGUAUCUAGAGAUGGCCAGAAGGGUUUACUCUGCUUUACACGGCAAGGGGUAUAAGCCCAAUGUUAAAAUUUACCAAACCAUGAUUCAUUGUUUGUGCAAGGGUGGGGAGUUUGAUUUGGCAUAUACAAUGUGUAAAGACUGCAUGAAAAAGAGUUGGUUUUUGAAUGUGGAUACCAUUCACACGCUGCUUGAUGGACUAAAGAAGAAUGGGCAGCUAGAUAAGGCUAAGAUGAUUGUGACAUUGGCUCAAAGAAGAAUGCCUCCUUUUUCUUCAAAGCAAUUGAGUAUUUUUGAUUCCUUAUUGUCUAGAAGUUGAUUCAAUUGAUGGAAAGAACUCGAUGAGUUUAAUUAUUUGUAAUCUCCAGCAUAACAGAAAUAGAUAUUCUUUUCACGCAAUUUUGGUAGAUUUGCAAAACUAACUGGAGUCAAAAUCUUAGUGGUUAAUAUCAGAUCCAGGGGAGAUCCAUUCUUUUCUAAUUAAUUCGUUGUACCAACUCAAUACAACUCAUGAUCGAAUGAAAUCUCCACUUUAUGGUGCUGUGAUUCUUUGUUACUGAUGGAGAGUUUGUUGGCCAAUGAAAAGAAGUCAAUCUUCUUGUUGUAUAUUGCUUAGAUGCUAAUAUAGAUGUGCUAUCUUCAUAUCAUCAGGAAAGAUAUUUGGCAGCUGAGAAAUGCAAGCAAUGUUGCACGCAUGCAUGGCCAAAAGAGCUUAAGAAGAGUAAGAGUUGGACCAAACAGUUCAAUCAAGUUGAAGACUGAGCAGAUGAACAUGUCUGUUGCCCAAGGGGAGUUAGGGAAUUCAGCACGCGUUAGUAAUAUGUGCGGCCCAGGUUUUGGAGGGAGAAUUUGUUAUCAACUGUCAUACAGUUGGAACAAAUUAUGUUAUUAGCAAAUUAGCUAUUAGGGCUUGUAACUGAUUUCUAUUUUGAGCCACUAAUAAGAUCAGAAGGGUUGUCAAAAGGAAUUACUGUCAUGAUUGAAAUGAUACAAGUUCUUCACUAUGGCUUUCUUUAUUGUAUUCUCUUCUUCA